CUGCGGGGAAACUCGGCGUGGGCUCGCCAGGUCAAACAAGCAGGCAAACGAAUCACCGAGUGAGAGACCGAGUCGGCAAAGGUCGAAGCUUCCUUCUUCUGUUUGCUAUAAGAGCAAGCAAAGGUCGCCGGAGGAACGAGGUGGAGUUGGCCAGAAGAAAGAAGAAGAAUAAGAAGAAGAAGGCAAGAUGAAGUCCACUAGGGCCUUUUCCAGGGCCGAGCCGAGGCGAGCAGGCAAUGCCUUCAUCAUAUCCUCCAUGCUCCUCUCUCUCUGCGUCCUUUCUCUCAUCAGAGCUCGCUAUUGCUCUUCUGCUUAUGCUAAGCGACAGACGUCACCGGAAUUGGAAGCGACGAUGGAUUCUGUCAAGAUGGUGACUGCAAGAAGCCGCAAGCUCGCUCUAAAAGGGCAAGGAGAUGGGGCAUUGGGGAAGCGUGCAGAGGAGAUCUCCUCCGCCGCCGCCGACAAGUUGCCGAAACGCAUCUGCGUCGAAACCAGCCGCCGAUCGGACGUCUGCGAGGCGGAGGGCGAUGUGAGAGUGCAGGGGAGCUCGCAGACCGUGUUCUUGCCCGCUUCCUUGACGUCGCGGGAAUGGAAGGUGAAGCCCUACGCCCGGAAGCACGACCAGUUCGCCCUCUCCAAUGUCAAGGAGUGGACGCUGAAGCCUUUCCCAUAUCACGAGCGACCCGCCGUCUGCACGGAGAACCACACCGUGCCUGUGGUGGUCUUCUCCACCGCCGGCUUCACAGGUAACCUUUUCCACGACUUCACUGAUGUGCUGGUCCCGCUCUUCAUCACCGCCGCCCACUUCAAUGGCGAGGUCCAGUUCAUGGUGGCCGACGCCAAGGCCUGGUGGCUGAGUAAGUUCGGCGCCAUUCUGGACCAGCUCUCCAAGUACGAGGUCAUUGAUGCCGACGCCGACGGCGGCGGCACAGUGCGGUGCUUCCCGCGGGUGAUCGCCGGGCUGAGCUUCCACAAGGACCUCGGCGUGGACCCCUCCAAGACGCCCGCUGGAGCCCGCUCGAUGGCUGACUUCAAAGCCAUGCUCCGGCGUGCGUACGGGCUGGAGCGGGAGCGCGCGGAGACGUCAGGCAACGACACGUGGGACGUGCGGCGGAAGCCGCGUCUGCUGAUCAUCUCGCGCCGGGGCUCCCGCGUGCUGCUCAACGAGAGGGGGAUGGCGGACAUGGCGAUGAGCCUGGGGUUCGACGUCCGCGUGGCGGAGCCGGAGAUCGCCACCGACCUGGGCAAGUUCGCACGCCUGGUCAACUCCGCCGACGUCAUGGUGGGCGUCCACGGCGCCGGCCUCGCUAACCUGGUCUUCCUCCCCAAGGGCGCCGUCUUCGUCCAGGUGGUCCCCAUGGGUGACCUGACGUGGCUCGCCCGCGACACCUUCGGAACUCCGGCGCCGGAGAUGGACCUCCAUUACUUGGAAUACCUCAUCCAGGCCGACGAGAGCACGCUGAGCGAUCAGUACCCCAAAGACCACCCCGUCUUCAAGGAUCCUCAGUCGAUCCACCGGAAAGGAUGGAACGAGCUCAGCCGAGUGUAUCUUGAGAACCAGAACGUGAAACCUCAUCUAGGAAGACUGCGGCUGGCACUGUUAGAAGCUCUCAAGCUUCUCCCUCACAAUCACAAGCACAACAAGAUGGCUCGGUGAUCACUUCCCCGAUUUCUUUCCAUUUUUCAGCUCAUAAUUCGUUUUUUUCCCCUCUGUUGAUAGUCCACAUUCCAAUCAAGAAAAACACCUUGUGAUUACAAAUAAAGAAUGUUAAUUUAUAUAAAGAAAUCACGUCAGGAGCGAUCCCUUAAUUUGAUUUGAACUGACGUGAGUGGAGCGAGCAAAGGAUGGAUGGGCCUUCCAGGUGUCAAAGGUGUAAGCAAUAGGUCAAGUUGCGAUAGAUGACAAGCAUGUGGGCACUCAAUUAAAUUUGCUUUCUGCCUUC